AAGGAGCACGACUUCCGGUUCCGGAACCUGAGGGCGGCUUCCGCGAUGGCGCCUUUCCCGGCCGGGCCGCUUCUCAGGUGCGAGCUGCUCUCUUUUUUCCCCUCUUCCCUCAGCCUCGGCGCGUCUCUGCUGCCGCUUCCCGAGGGACGAAUGUCUGAGGGACAUUUCCCCUGCCAAAGGCCCGAGGAGGGGGGCGGGACGCGGAGAACCAGUCGCUCGUCACCUGCGGCGGACUCUGCGGGGCGGGGAGGACGCCGUGGCGACGCCCGAGGUAUCGCGUUGGAAGGGACCCCGAGGGUCAUCCAGUCCAGCCCGCUGCAAUGCAGGAAGGUCAGCUAAAGCAUCCAUCCAACCUCUGCUUAAAAACUUCCCAAGGGAGGAGAGGAAACAACUGGCGAAGGGGUCUGGCCCACUGCCCAGCAGCUACCCUGUUUCCCCGAAAAUAAGACAGGGUCUUAUACAGUGGUACCUCGGGUUACAUACACUUCAGGUUACAGACUCUGCUAACCCAGAAAUAGUUCUUCAGGUUAAGAACUUUGCUUCAGGAUGAGAACAGAAAUCGUGCUCCGGCGGUGUGACGGCAGCAGGAGGCCCCAUUAGCUAAAGUGGUGCUUCAGGUUAAGAACAAUUUCAGGUUAAGAACGGACCUCCAGAACAAAUUAAGUACUUAACCCGAGGUACCACUGUAUUAAUUUUUGCUCCCAAAGAUGUGCUAGGACUUAUUUUCAGGGGAUGUCUUACUUUUCCAUGAAGAAGAAUAUGGCACACAUUUACAGUGGUACCUCAGGUUACAUAUGCUUCAGGUUACAGACUCCGUUAACCCAGAAAUAUUACCUCAGGUUAAGAACUUUGCUUCAGGAUGAGAACAGAAAUCGUGCUGCGGCGGCAGCAGGAGGCCCCAUUAGCUAAAGUGGUGCUUCAGGUUAAGAACAGUUUCAGGUUAAGAACGGACCUCCAGAAUGAAUUAAGUACUUAACCCGAGGUACCACUGUAUUGUCUAAUUGUGAGUCAGCCAGACUCCAUCAGGGGAGAGCAAGCAGCAGGCAGCAGCUUGUCCUGGCGGUGGCGCGGGCUCUCCGAUUUAAAGAGACUUCGCAUUGCCUGAACAGCUCCAGCUGCGCUGCGGCCAAUCAGUGAGCUGCGCAGCGGCAUCCAUCACUACGGUCCAGAGGAGUCAGACGCCUUACGGUGGCUUUGGUGGCCUUAUAUUCCGGGGAGGCCUUAUUAUUGGGGAGAUCUUAUUUUCGGGGGAUGUCUUACUUUCGGGGAAACGGUAUUACUGCCAGAAAGUUAUUCCUGAUGUUGAGUCGGAACAUCUCCUUUCUUCUAACUGGAAGCCAUUGGUCCUCCGGCAGAGCAGAAAACAAGCUUGCUCCAUCUUCCAUGUGACAGCCCUUGAGAUGUUUGAAGAUGUCUAUCCUAUCUCCCCUUUCCCAGGAGAAACAUACCCAUCUCCCUCAACCGUUCCUCAUAGGGCUUGGUUUCCAGACCCCUUGAUCCUGCUAGUUUCUGUUUGCCACUGAGCAGCUGCUUAGAGUCACAAGGCUCUGUUUACAUUCCAGAGACAGUCCAGGCUGUUGGAAGUCUCAUGGGAAUGGGAGACGGAUGUGACGUUACUGGUUUCCUGUUCCUUUGUUGUUCAGUUGCUCUCUGCUUUCAUAGAGGGAGGAUGUAUAUUUCUUUGCUGUCUGCGUAGUAAGAAAUAAAGCAUAGCGAUGUAGCCAUAAAUCUCAUCACUUCUGCUGCUUUGAUUCUCUGCUGAAUGGGAAUGUGUCUGAGGCCUCAUCAAAGGCUCAGGUCGUUAAUUAUUCGUCGGGAAGGCGAUUCCGGAGGAAGAUGAGCUUUAUCAGCUUGGCCAAGCAGAGAUCCUGACAGAUCCAUCUUGGUCGAUGACAUACCAGGAGAAAACAAAAAGGGACAAUGGAAAUGGUACCCAGGAAGGGGUUCUUUAGUUUUGUUCUUGUUGGCAUCUGCCUGACUGACAAUCUGUGGAGGAACACACUUUUUUUGGGGGGGGGGGAGUGAAGUUAAACCUUUGGAGAGUUACAGCGCCUGCUGUGGCUGUAGAAACUGAUACGGGAGAUACAUGUUUUCUUGCAGCUGGGGCAGAAGAAGGCGGCCAGUGGAGCUGAUGCAGAUGCACCAUGGCGUUUCUUUUCUGCGCUCCUCCAAGCGGUCAUUCCUCCUCUGGUCACUGCUGUGGAUACACAACCUGUCACUUGGCACUGUGGUCAACUGCAAGGGAUUUCCCACACAGCAGGGUUAAAUUUGCCAGCUUUCGUGUUUUUACAACGCAGAGUUGUUCUGCCAAACAGUUUAUACAAUAAUUAUUAAAGUUAGGUACUGCCCUUCACCUGUGGUUCACUGCAGAAAAAUGCAAAAUGGGAAUACAAAAUACAUAAUAAAGCAGAAACAAAAACCAAUAACCGUCCUCCCACACAUAUUUAAAAAGCCAUAGAAUGGUAAUCUUGCAGGAGGUUGGACUAAAAAGCCCUUGGUGUUCCUUCCAGCGCUGCAAUAUUAUGAUUCUCAGCCAUGUCCAUCACUGCUGGGGGCUCGUCCUCUCUUCUUCAUUUAUGUCCAGUCCAGACCUUCUCUCCCUGUUCUGGCCAGUCCAGAGCUCCUUCCCAGCCAAGCCCCUUCUUGCUCAAAUCACUGUUCAGUUGCCUGUGUCCAUUAUAGACAUCUGCACACUUCUGGAUUUGGUUUGCCUGCUUUGUGUUAAGACUUUGCCUGCCAUUCUGAUGGGAAUAGAAAUCCCUUUGUCAAAAUGAAGGCUGAUAAAUUUCAGCUUGUUUGUUUCUUCUCUUACCCACCACCCACUUGAUGUUGAUGGCAGGUGGGAGAGAUUUCUGAGCCGAAUGUAUCCAAAGCAUGAAUGGGAAGCAAAAUACUUCGUACAGUUGCCAGGCUCCUCCAUUUCCCUUCAGUCUGGGCUUCAUCCAUGUAGAUAGGGUUGCCAUAACAAAAACAAUUACCUGUUUUCAUAUGGAAACAAACAUUGGCUCUCCUUGCUGAACUUCUUUAUAGUUUUCAGAAUUGUUGCUAUAAUUCCACUUCCCUCUCCUUCUCAUUUCAGAUUGCUGUACUCAUUGGCUUUCCCUGCCUUGUUACUAAGUGGAUUUUUAUGUGUCUGUCUGCUCCUGUUCCUGUUUGGUUUACGACUAUGGCUCCAGCAAAGGAAAAAACAACAAAUUCCAUCAGGCCGAGAUGGAAAAAGGCCACUUGUGGUUGCAUUUUUUCACCCAUACUGCAAUGCAGGGGGAGGAGGCGAGAGAGUAUUGUGGUGUGCUAUAAAAGCACUACAGAAAAAGUAAGUAUGCAUUUCACUUUUCGUACAGUGAUGUUGGUUUAUUGCAUUAAUCCCUCAUUUCCUGAAAGCCAUGGUUGCAUUCACACAUUAUGCUAAACCAUGGUUAGCGCUGCCUUUACCAGUUCACUAAUUAGGACUGAUGGGAGUGCUAGCCCAAAACAUUUGGAGGACACCAGGUUCACAAAGGCUGGUUUAACUCUAUGUGGACGAGUUAUAACAAGCAAACUUCAAAUCAUAGCUUAUGAAGCUGGCAGGUUAAACUACAACUGUUUGUUUAAAAGAAAUAUCCCAGGUGUGAACACAAUACUAAGUUAGGAUUCUUUAGAAGUGAAGUCAUCAGAAGUCCUCUUCCCAGUUGCAGGGGAAAGCAGAGUGCAUGAGCCUAAAACAUAAUUGGGUCCAUCCAUAGUAAUAAACCAUGGUUUAGUGUUUACAUGUGCUUGUGGCCAAUGAAAAUGACAAGCUGGGUUGAUAAGAUGAUACUCCUCAGUUAAAAUCAGUUUUCCCUUGCGGUUACUGUUUGCUUUUCAUUUUUUAUUUUCUUACACCUGUAUUGCAUCUUUGGUCUGUUGUCCUUAAAUAUGCGUAUAUAUAUAAAAAUACUUGCUCACAAAACAGCAACAAGCCUGCUUGGGUAUUGUGCCUGCCUUAUUUUUUAUAUGUAUUUGCAGCAUAUUUAUACAACUCUUUUAAACAUGUGUGCUUUAUUUUAUUUUUGACAUAGUCUCUUUUAUUAAUUGAUUUUUAAUUUCAAGUAACAAAACGUAUGCAUCCAAGGAAAACAGAGCUUAGUAGUUGUACAGAAAAGAUAGAUAAAUAGUGGCCGACAGUUGUAGUUUUAGACAUUCCAAGAAAGGCAAUCAAAUUAAAGCGUCUUCCCAUAAAUGGACUCUUUUACUGAGUGUAAAAUUAAGAUGAUUUGCAGAUGAUAAAUUACAUUUCAUUUUUCAGGUACAAGGAUGUGUCCUAUGUUGUCUACACUGGUGAUGCUGGUGUCACAGCUGAAAAUAUCCUUGAAGGUGCUUACAGACGAUUCAACAUCAGAUUAAAUCAACCUGUGAAAUUUGUGUUUUUGAGAAGGCGCUAUCUUGUAGAAGCUUCCCUUUACCCACAUUUUACACUGCUGGGUCAGAGCUUAGGAUCUGUAUUUCUUGGCUGGGAAGCUCUUGUGAACUGUGUUCCUGAUGUCUACAUUGACUCCAUGGGUUAUGCUUUCACACUUCCUCUUUUUAAAUAUUUAGGAGGUUGUCGGAUAGGCUGUUAUGUUCAUUAUCCUACAAUCAGCACUGACAUGCUUUCUGUGGUUAGGAAUCAGAAUGCUCGAUUUAAUAAUGCAGCGAUCAUCACAAGAAAUCCCCUACUGAGUAAAUUGAAACUCACAUAUUAUUAUAUUUUUGCUUCUAUAUAUGGCUUAGUUGGUUCUUGCAGUGACAUUGUCAUGGUUAAUUCUUCAUGGACUUUCAAUCACAUCCUUUCCCUUUGGAGAUGCAGUGAUCGCACCAGUGUUGUGUAUCCACCUUGUGACGUUCAGACAUUCUUGGAUAUUCCUCUAUGUGAGGAAAAGAGCGCUGUAGAGCAAACUAUUGUUUCUGUAAGCCAGUUCAGGCCAGAAAAAGACCAUCGUCUGCAGAUCAGAGCCUUUGCGAAAUUGCUGGAAAAGACUGCAGGGCAGGAGCUGCUGCCCAAACUCAUUCUGAUUGGUGGCUGUCGUAACCAAGAAGAUGAGCAGCGUGUAAAUGGACUUAAAAAGCUCUGCCAAGAGUUGGGCAUUGAAAAAAGGGUAGAAUUCAGAGUUAACAUUCCAUUUGAAGAGCUAAAGCAACAUCUGGCAGAUGCGACCAUUGGACUUCACACCAUGUGGAAUGAACACUUUGGGAUUGGUAAGUGGAGCUAUAUAUAGUCAGCUGUAUCAUUUCUUUGGCUCCUGGUGUUGAAACGCAUGGCUAAUUAUGAGUUUAUAAAGUGCUUUAGUGCUGUUUUCAUCUGUUCUUCCAUCAAACUGAUACUGUGUUCAGCUACUUCCAUAUUGUGCAUUCUUGGGAGCUGUAAAUUUGGAAGGGAUCCAACCUAGUAUUAUCUCUUUUCCUUAUUGCACAUCACACCCUAAAAAAUAUCCAAACAUAAUGCCUGACCAGCAUAUUGAAUCCUAAUCUUAAUGGAGAGAAAUUCUACAAACUCAUUUGGCUGUUUGUUCCAGUGCUGAACUCUCACAGGAACGACUUUUAUCUUUUCCCAGGUUACAAUCAUGGCUUCUUCAUCUAUUUUUAUCCUUCAUUGUAAGGGAAAUCAGUUGCUCUCUCCCCCCUCCCUGUAUCCCUUUCAAAAAUUGAAAACUGUCAGCAUAAGCUGUAAGCUCAAGAGGAAUUCACUAUCAUCACUGAAUGCAGAUGCUGAGAGAAAUCCUACUUACAUGUCUAAUCUUCUCAAUGAGCCAGCAGAGGUCACAAGUUGCCUCUUUUCCGCAAAACUGUGUGUGCACAUCAUGAUACGGUUUUGCAUAUCCCUGUGACAAUCAUUCUGACAGCCGCUUUUGCUGGAUCAUUUUUUGGGAUCUAUUUUGCUGCAGAAUGCAAACAGGUCACCAUUUCCAUUUUGUACACAUUAUGGUUUUGAACCAAUGUCAUAUCACUUCUUCUACCAAGAAAUUGUGCUCUUAACAGAAGCGGUUAGUGAUUCCACUUCCUAUACUAUCUCAUACUCCUGGAAAAGAUUUUCAGGGACCCUCCCUUUGCAGUUCCCAAAAUCUGCUUCCCCUCUGUUCUGUAACAGUGUGAGGAGUACCUUUUUCUGUGGGUGGGAUCUCAGGAUCCAGCCUAUUUUGUUUUCCUUCAUGCUUUUAAAGUGACACUAAAAUCCUUAGUUAUUGGUGAGAACUGUAGUUAACAAUAGCUUGUUUUGUCUCAUAUAGGAAUUGUUGAAUGUAUGGCAGCUGGCACAAUUAUCCUUGCUCACAAUUCUGGAGGCCCCAAGCUGGAUAUUGUGGUGCCCUAUGAAGGAAAUAUUACUGGAUUUCUAGCAGAAAAUGAAGACGACUAUGCAGAUACUAUGGCCUAUAUAUUUUCAUUGCCUCCUACAAAAAGGCUAGAAAUCAGACAAACUGCUCGUCAGUCAGUGAAGAGAUUUGCAGAACAAGAAUUUGAGGAAACAUUUCUGUUAUCUGUGGAACAAUUAUUUAAAUAAUUUUUUGUACAUAGAUACCUGGACAUAAGUCGUUAUGUAUAUACAGUUGCUGUAUUUCUAUUGUACAAUAAAGGGUAUCUUAUUCCUGU